AUGGCCAUAAUCCUGUUUACCAAGAUUUCAGCUGAUGGUACUGAACCUGUAGGAUGGAUAAAGGAUGCUGUUAACCAAAUAAUAGCUAAAGGUACAGAAGAUCUGGAUCUCCAGGAUCAAGUAGCGUUUUCAUUCUGCUCCAAGGAUUUUCUACGGGGCGAGGGCUGGGCCCGUUUCAGACCAGUGAACGAGAUUACUUAUGACGACAUAUGGAGUAUAAUAAGCAGUGUAUACCAAUCAAACUCGUCUGGAAUCAAGACGGAAACAUUUUACCUUGGUGUGACUACUGUGAAAAUGCCUGUUGGUCGCGGAAAAGGCCGGGCUCAGAAGAUCCGUGAAAAAUACGUGUUCGACUUUCAGAAAGAGCUAAUGGAAUAUUGUAUAUCCGAUGUAGAAAUACUUACUACGGCCUGUUUGAAAUUUAGGCAGCAGCUUUUGGAAACAAGUAAAGUGUGCCCUUUUACCGAAGCCUGCACCAUAGCGUCAGCAUGCAAUAAAGUGUUUCGUCGCAACUUCCUCCAGGCAAACACCAUAGGUAUUAUCCCUAAGAACGGGUACAGAUGGCGUGAUAACCAGAGUAGAAUAGCCAUACAGUGGUUGGUGUGGGAAGAAAGACAACGUGGUGUAAGUAUAAUGCAUGCUGCCAAAGGAAAGGAAACAGUGUUGGAGGGAGUAAAAGUCGAUGGUUAUUGCAAUGAAACAAAUCAAAUCUUUGAGUUUUAUGGGUGCUAUUACCACGGUUGUGCACAUUGUUUCAAAUACAACAGAAACAAUCCCACAUAUGAAGAUCCGUCAGAUACUUUAGAAAGACGCUUUGAAAGCACUGCUGCCAAAACGGAACGUCUCAAAAAUCUAGGAUACGAUAUCAUCGAAAUAUGGGAAUGCAACUUUCGUCAUCCGAAAAUCUAUCUCGGUGAAGAAUGUAACGCCCUAGAUUUAAAAGAAAUAGAUGGUCUUAUAAAAUGCAAAAUCUUACCGCCUCAGGAUUUGUAUCACCCUGUUCUACCACAGAAGAUAAAUAACAAACUUAUGUUUGUACUUUGUCGGAUAUGUGGACAACAAAUGCAAAAGAACACUUGCAGUCAUGAAGAGGAUGAAAGAGCUUUAAGUGGAACAUGGGUUGCCGAUGAAGUAAUGAAAGCUUUGGAGAAAGGGUACAGAUUGAUGGAGAUCUAUGAAGUCUGGAAUUGA